CAUACCAAACCAACCAACAAACUGAAUUGGAAUUGAACAGUCAACUCCUUGAAUUCUGUUUCUGCUAUUAAAUUGUUAUUUAUUUUAUAACUUAGUGUUUUUAUUUAUUUGGUGAUGCUAUAUUGCAUCAUACGUUGAAAUUUAAUCAAAUUAAGCUUCAUAGAUUUUCUGACACGGAUAGAAUAUGGCUCGUCAAGGAACGCGAUUAGAUGCAAAGAAAGUUAAUUCUGAACUUUUCACCCUAACCUAUGGAGCAUUGGUCAGUCAGUUGAUCAAAGACAGUGACAACAUUGAAGAAGUCAAUAAACAGCUCGAGAGAAUGGGUUACAACAUCGGCAUCAGAAUUAUAGAAGAUUUUCUCGCCAGAACAAAUGCUGGUCGCUGUUACGACUUCAAGGAUACCGCUGAAAAGAUUCAGACUGGGUUCAGGCUGUACUUGGGUAUCACUCCGGUUAUCACCAAUUGGAGUUCAGCUGGGGAUGAGUUUUCGCUCCAGUUUGAGUCCAGUCCACUCACAGAGUUUGUCGAGUUGCCUGACCAUUGCCUGGGCCUCAAGUAUAUGAAUGUUCUCACAGGAGUUUUGCGAGGUGCUUGUGAAAUGGUCCAGAUGGAUGUUAGCAGCUGGUUUGUGCAAGACGUACUCAAAGGCGACAGUGUUACUGAGUUAAGGGUAAAGUUUAUCAAACGUCUUGAAGACGCAAUUCCUGCCGGAGAAGACUAAACAUUCCGUUGAUGAAACAUAAGCCCCAUCCAUAUGUGUUCUGACACGUCUCUGCAUGUAAAUGCUCAAUUAUUGAAGAAAAAUUGAGCUUUGAAGUCUCAAAUUUGUUACCUAUUCAUGUAGUUCAAGGGCGAUCAGUAAGUUAGGUAAUCUGUCUAAAAGGGUUUUGAUUUAUGUUAAAUACAUUUAUCUGUUCCAAAUUUAAAGUUUGAAAUUGUAUUUUGGAGGAAAAAGGUUUUCGAUGUGGUGCUACCUAAUGGAGAGCCUGCAAGCCUUUAAUAUUUUUCUGUGUUUGGAAAUUUAAUUAUUAAAUUAAAAACCUUCUUUUAUGAGUUCAUGUUGACAUUAAUUUUGUCAGUAAAAAUCUAAUUUAUUUAAUUAGUGUAUUAAAUUGAACCGAUUUUUUAUUUACCACAUAAAAGUAAAUUGCCAGUUGAAAAUUAGUUUUUUUUCUUACUUUAUCUGACAAAAAUUUAUUUUUUAUCUUUUUGUCAUUGCCUAAUUGAAAUAGUAGUUUUUCAUUGCUAUUUAAUUUGUUUUUGUUUUAAAUAAAUAGUUUAUGUCCAUCCUCUUUACCCUUAAGAAUAAAUAAUGAGCCUUAUAUCUAUACGUAAUUGUGUUAAUAAAUUUUGUCAUUAAUAAAUAUAAGAUCCUGUGUGCUUAUUAUUUCAUAUUGCAAUCGUCUAAAAAAAUACAGUGGAAAAAGAUUGUUUAUGUACAUAGUUAGUUAUGUUGAAGACAUUAUUUUUGUUUGUAUUUAUUAUUCAUAUAUAUGACUUGAUUCAUUAUAUACAUCUUAUAUAUGAAAAAUUCUGAUUUAUUCAUAGAUUCACUAAUGAUUAUUGUAACAUAUUAUUUUUAAAUAGGUCAUUAUUGUCUCAUUAUCUGAUUAUGUUAGGUCACUUUAAAAUAAGUUGUGAAACAAAAACAUGAAUAUGUUGAAUGUUUACAAACGCAUAUUCUUCAUUUUUGUACACAAUUGUAUAAUUUAUCAUGGACUUCACUAGUUGUAGUAAAAUUUAGAGCAUGUUACUCUCACAUGGCUGUUGUCAUAAGCCAUUUAUUUGGCCAGAUUUAUUCAAAUGCAUUGGCAAAGUCAAAUUAAGUUAGUUGUUCUAGAGCCUGGAUUGUUUCAAAAUUAAAACCCUGCCAGUUAAAAUAAAGUAACAUUUAAAGAUUUGUUUAUAAAUUAUUUAUGACAACUUUAUUUACACAUUCAAUAAAGAUUUUAAAUGG